CUCUAGUCCUUGACAUUUAGUUUUAUAUGCUUCCAUCAGGUCUCCCAGCCUUUGCUCCAGAAAAAAGAAAGUAAGUUUGUCCAACCUAAUUUUACAGCUAAUCCCUCUAACAAGGCAGCAUGCUGUUAAAUCUCUUCUAUACUCUCUCCAAAGUUGUCUCAUCCUUCCUGUAAUGGGGAAGCCAGAAAUGCACAGAAUAAUGCAAAUGCACCGUAGACAAAGUCCUAUGAAACUGCAAUGUGAUUUCCUGAUACUGAAUGUUCUGACGGAUGAAGCCAAACAUACUGCACUCUAUGACUCUAUCGACCUCUGUUGCCACAUUCAGGGGGUAAUGGAAUUUGAACCCAAGAUCUCUCUGUACAUCAAUGCUGGUAAGGUUUUGCCAUUAACUAAAUACUUACAUUGGACCUCACACUUGCUCAGAUUAAAUUCUAUCUGCCAUUUCUCCGCCAAUUUAUGAAGCUGAUCUACAUCUGCUGUACACUUUGACAGACUUCAUCACUGUUUACAAUUCACUUACUAACCAAACUAUCUGCAUUUACAUACAAAAACACAAAGUGCUGUAGUAACUCAGCGGGUCAGGUAGGAUCUCUGGAGAACCUGGAUAUUAGAGACCUCGGGUUGAGUCACCUCCAGCGAACAUGUUAACCAUAUAACCAUAUAACCAUAUAACAAUUACAGCACGGAAACAGGCCAUCUCGGCCCUACAAGUCCAUGCCGAACAAAUUUUUUUUCCCUUAGUCCCACCUGCCUGCACUCGUACCAUACCCCUCCAUUCCCUUCUCAUCCAUAUGCCUAUCCAAUUUAUUUUUAAAUGAUACCAAUGAACCUGCCUCCACCACUUCCACUGGGAGCUCAUUCCACACCGCCACCACUCUCUGCGUAAAGAAGUUCCCCCUCAUAUUACCCCUAAACUUCUGUCCCUUAAUUCUGAAGUCAUGUCCUCUUGUUUGAAUCUUCCCUAUUCUCAAAGGGAAAAGCUUGUCCACAUCAACUCUGUCUAUCCCUCUCAUCAUUUUAAAGACCUCUAUCAGGUCCCCCCUUAACCUUCUGCGCUCGAGAGAAUAAAGACCUAACUUAUUCAACCUAUCUCUGUAACUUAGUUGUUGAAACCCAGGCAACAUUCUAGUAAAUCUCCUCUGUACUCUCUCUAUUUUGUUGACAUCCUUCCUAUAAUUGGGCGACCAAAAUUGUACACCAUACUCCAGAUUUGGUCUCACCAAUGCCUUGUACAAUUUUAACAUUACAUCCCAGCUUCUAUACUCAAUGCUCUGAUUUAUAAAGGCUAGAAGAUGUUGUCUAUCUAUGUUCUCCAGAUCUGCUGCCUGACACACUGAGUUACUCCAGCACUUUUUUUUUUUUCCUUAAGGCUCCAGCACUGCAAUUUCUUGUGUUUACAUACAAGUAUGCCUGUCCUGAAUCCAAAGGACCAAGUCACCAUGGAUCCCAUGCAUCUUAACCUUCUGGAUCAGUUACCAAAAGUAAUUGUAUCAAAUGGCUUACUGAAAUUCAUGUAGGCAACUCUUAAGGCCGGCACGGUAGAGCAGCAGUAGAGUUGCUGCCUUACAGGGUCAGGGACCUGGGCUCAAACCUGACCUUGGGUGCUAUUCUGUACAGAGUUUGUAUGCUCUCCCCAUGACCUGCGUGGGUUUUCUCAGGGGUCUCCAGUUUUCUCCCACACUCCAAAGACGUACAGGUUUGUAGGUUAAUUGGCUUGGUAUAAUUGUAAACUGUCUCUAGUUUCUGUAGGAUAGAGUUAGGAUGUGGGAAACGCUGUUCAGUGGGCUGAAGGGACAGUUUCCAUGCUGUAUCUCUAAACUAAGCUAAACAUCUGAAGAAGGGUAUCGGCCCGAAACGUUGCCUAUUUCUUUCGCUCCAUAGAUGCUGCUGCACCCGCUGAGUUUCUCCAGCAUUUUUGUGUACCUUUGAUUUUCCAGCAUCUGCAGUUCCUUAUUAAACACUAAGCUAAACAUCUACUGCCCUACCCCAAAUGAUCACAUUUGUCACCCUCUCAAAAAAUUCAAGUUUGCAAGGCAUUACCGGCAGAGAUAGAUAGAUUCUUGAUUAGUACGGGUGUUGGGGGUUAUGGCGAGAAGAGCUGGAGAAUGGGGUUAGGAGGGAGAGAUAGAUCUGCCAUGAUUGAAUGGCAGAGUAGUCGUGAUGGAGCGAAUGUCCUAAAUCUGCUUCUAUCACUUAUGACCUAUGAUAAAACCAUGCCAAUUGUCUCUAAUUGUGAGUAAAUCCUAUCCUGAAAAAUCCUCACUAAUAGCUUUCCUACCACUGAUGUGAGGCUCACGAGCCUAUAAUUUCCUAGAUUAUUUCUACUUCCCAUGUUACACCAAAGAACAAUACUGGCUACUCUCCAGUCCUCCCGGACUUCGCGGAUGGCUAUAGAAGAAACAAAGAUAUUUGUUAAAGGUCAACAAUAUCCCAAUUACCUGGGAUAGAUCCUAUUAAGGCCUGGGGGAUUUAGAAACAUAGAAAAUAGGUGCAGGAGGGCCAUUUUGCCAUUCGAGUCAGCACCGCCAUUCAAUAUGAUCAUGGCAGAUCAUCCAAAAUCAGUACCCCGUUCCUGCUUUUUCCCCAUAUCUGUUGAUUCCGUUAUCCCUAACAGCUAUGUCUAACUCUUUUGAAAACAUCCAGAGAAUUGACCUACACUGCCUUCUGUGGCAGAUAAUUCCACCGGUUUACACCUCUCUGGUUGUCACAACUCUCCUUAUCCACCUUCAAGCUCAUCGUGCCUCAACAUUACCUCAAAAACACUUCUGAGAACCUGGUGAAUGUUGAAUUACUAAAUUUCUCAAUAUCCUUAUGCUGCCAUUCUGACUUUGUCCUGACAUACAGUCAAGCAUUGGAAUGACAACUUCCUGCAGUUAUUUUUGGAAAUAUAUUUGCUGGAUCUGUGGUAGGUGAGACCUGAUGCAGAUUCAGCCAACUAGAUUUCCCAAUGUAAUUGAGGUGAGUAAUUUACUUAUUUAAAUUAAAUGUAUUGAAUAUUUUAUUUUUAUUUUUUAAUGUUUUAAAAGAUUUUUAAACUGACAAUUUUGGUUUUAAGAGUGUGAUUACAUUUGGAAUGCUGUUAAUGCAUUUUGUUUCUCUCUUAGACAAUAGAAGAUGCUCCCCGCAUAUUUAAUUUAGGUGCUGCCUUGUUUAACUAUGUAUGGUAUAUGGUGAAAGUGCCUGAGAGUAUAGUAGCUGACUAUCCUGAAGAACAGGAACGUAUUAAAACUGCCAAACAGAUGGAUGUAUUUAGAAUUUGGAUACUUGAUCCUGAGAAAGCUUCUUCUGCAGAGUUGAAUAAUAAAGCCGAAGUGCCUUCUCUGUUAUCUCGUGUUUUAACCAAAGAAUUCUUUAAUCUGGGUCAAGAAUUUUUACUGGACUCUUAUCCGAUCAAUCACGACUACAGCACACAGUUUCAUGCUGCAGAGGGGUACUGGACAGUUGUCAUCUAUAAUGUAUCUACUGAACUAAUUUUAACAAUUUCCGGCAACCCAAUAACUUUCCAAGAUUUAUUUAUCAUGGACACAUCCUACACAAUUGAAAAACGUCUUGAUUUGUCUGUCAUUAAAGCACUGGGAUACCUUUCACUGCAACUUGCUCAUGGCAGCAAUCCCUCAAUUGUACAUCAUCCCUGUUCUGCCACCAGUGCUUUACUUCUGACCGAUUUUGGCACAUUUAUAAGUCACGAUGGUUUUAUUACAGUGGAGGAGCUAAAAAUUGUGCCCACUGAAAAACAGCAAGAGGUUAAGAUUGAAGUAAAGACAGCUGCCUUCCUGGAGAGAAAUAUCUUAUUUCUUAUUGGAGAUUCACUCUACAUAAGACAUGCAAAAGGUUUUUACACAAAACUUGGGAAUGAAAAUAAUUUACCUGAAGGCAGGAUUAUUGGCCUACGAAGCAGAAUGUCGUGUGCAGCUGCAUAUCCAGUAAAGGUGGGCAAAUCUAAAGAAUUCAGAAAGGUGUCUACUUGAGUUUGGCUACCUCCUGGAACUUCAGAAUACAUAGUUCUUUAGAAUACUUCAAAGGCUUCCUGAAUUUCAUUUAAUUUCCUUUUCAAUAUUUUUGUUCUUGGGUCUCUGAUUCUGUGAACAGUAUUUUCAGUUAUCUUUUUUUUUGUCAGUUUCCACACCAAUACUUUCAUAGAUAUAGAACCACUUUCAUAGUGACUCUGCUUCAGGAACAUUAACUUUUUCUUGAUUUCUUAUGCAGCCAGAUUAUUGAUUUCAUUCCUAGUAUUCAAUAGACAAUAGGUGCAGGAGUAGUCCAUUCAGCCGUUCGAGCCAGCACCGCCAUUCAAUGUGAUCAUGGCCAAUCAUCCCCCGUUCCCUGUUCCUGCCUUCUCCCCAUAAUCCCCCGAUUCGGCUAUCUUCAAGAGCCCUAUCUAGCUCUCUCUUGAAAGUAUCCAGAGAACCGGCCUCCAACGUCCAAUGUAUUCCACACCAGCAUCAAUUUGUGUUUCCUUUCUAGUUCCUUCAGCUUAUUUUGCAAAUCCUCAAAUGUAUUAUUCCUUAUUUGUUUCUUAUAUGAAAAUAUUGCUAUAAUAUUUCCUCUUAGGACAGCUUUCAAAGCAUCCCACAAAAUAGGGAGAGAGACCUCUACGUUAUCACUUCUUCGUUAGUACAGGGGUUUUACUUCUUUCUUUUUCGUAUCUUUUUCGAAAUUCUUUCUUUUCUUUUUCCUUUCCCUUCUUUCCUUUUUUCUUUUUUCUGAUUUACUUAUUAGUUUAUAAAAUGUUAAAACUGAAGCUGUACGAAAAUUGUAUAAUUGUUAUGUCGAUUACUUUCUCCUUGUACAAUUGCUUCUAAUAAAAUUAAUAUUAAAAAAAAAAAAUUAAAAUCACUUCCAGGUGGCGCAUAUACAUUCAGCAACAUAACUUGAUUCCCAUCUAUAUUCCCCCUUACAAAAAUAAAUCUACCCUCCUUAUUACUCAUUUCAAAUACUUUCUCCAAAUUUAACUUGCUUGAGAUGACAGUAGCGCCUCCUCUCCUACAUCCCGAAAUGUAUAUUCAAGAAAAAGAGGUUAGUAAAACCCAUUCUUUUAAGUUUUUCGUGUUCUUUGUCAUUUAGAUGGAUUUCCUGUAAGUAUACUAUCUGGGCUUGUUCUUUCCUCAUUUUAGUUAGAAUUUUGCUGCGUUUGAUUGGUGUAGUGGCCAUUUGGCCUGUUUUGCAUGUCAUUGAUGAUGGCAUGUGCCUUUAAAUUUUAGACUGCCCGUUAUAUUGCGGGUGGGAUUUAUCCUGUGUUUUCGGGCGUGUUUGGAGCUUUGAUGCUUGCACAGAAGUUUAACUUUUAGAUUAGUUUGGAUAGACGAUGGGGAAGGUUAACGCGGGGUCCAUGCGAGAUCAAAAGGAAAUUAUUCCAAUGUAAUGGGACACGAGGAGUUUUCUAAUGUUUAAAGUAAUAAGCUGGAGUUUGAUGAAGAUUGUAACAAUGAGUCUGAAGAAGUUUGGAUGUAUCUUACUGUUUUCUAUCAGCAAUAAAGCAUUUAGUCAUCAAAAGACUGUGUUUUGAAGAAGCUCUGUGAGUGAGCUCACAUGGGUUUUGAAGACAACCCCUUCAACCAUGCUCAUCCAUUUAGCGGCUGGGUGCUAAUUUCCUGAAAGAUAUGAAAAUCUGCCGCUACAUUAAGUUGAAGGUUGAAUACCAGUCCCAGAGAGAGGGACAGAGAUUAAAUUGAAUAAUACCUCCGUCACAAGAGCGAAACAAGUCCCAGAGAUGGACAAAAGAUUGGCUAAGAUUCUCUGAGAGUUUUUAGCCAGAAGAAAGUGGUUCCAGGAGGGAUUGAAGGGCCAUUGAAGGGCCUUGAGGUCUAUCGACAGCAUCAAGACUUAUCUGAAGACAUCAAAGGAUUUGUGAGGACAGCGUUAAUUACUCUUUGAAUUUGAAAUCACAGUUAAUUUUAAAAGACUUCUGUAACAGAGCCAUCAGAAAAUGUUUUUUCAAUUUGUCUGGAGAUUCUAGCCAGACCAACCUUGGAUUGUUUUGAAUUGCUUGAUAAGCGCAUAUCAUUUGAAUUAGCAUCAUCUUUGAGAUGUUCUCUACAUUAUCAGUAUGUUAUGGUUUUGAAAAAAAUGUUGACAAAGUAAGGCCAGAGCUACUAGCAGAGACUUUUGUUCGAUUAAUUUAAAGACUUGGCAAUCUGCCAAGACCUCUUUAAAAUCAUGGAAUUAGAUGAAGAAAGAGCCAUGCCAAAUGAACCAAAAGGUGGUGAUGAAAGAUCAAUUAGACAACUUCAAGAAACAAAUAAUACACAUACUGCCUGCUUGAGAGAAACCGAGAGAGAGAGAAACAAAUUAUGGUUGUAGGUUAACAGAUUAAUUGAUACACAGAAGACACUAAUGGAAUCAGAACAGAACAUGAUCAAGGUGAAAUCUAAUAUGAGCCAACUAUGGAACCUCUGCGAAGAGGUUGCAAAGAAACAGAAUGUAUUGCUGUGUUCACAGCCGUCUCGGGAAGAAGCCAUAAGACACACCCAGUGCUGGGAAGACAAGUAGAAGAUAUCUAAUGGUUUCAUUGA